GUUUUAAAGUCAAUUAAAAAAGAGAAGCAUAAACUGUACUUUACAAAUGAAUGGGCAAGUUGUUGAAAUACAGUGUAAUACUUAACUUGACAGCUGUGUUUAAGGUGCAAUGUCUAGUGAAUGUCUUUAGUACUUUUUAAGUCCUACUCCACAACUGUGCUUGAGCUUUUUGUUCAGUAACUUGAACGUGGGAAGGCUUUGUUCCUCUGUGCUUGGGUAGUUGUGGAGGUAUUAGGAAGUCUCUGUUCCUUCCUAAGGGUUCUGAAAACUAUUUUUUUGAGUAGAAAAAGCUUAAUCCUCAUUGAACAGAAGCUUUAAUGUUAGACUUUCCUGCACGGAUUAAGAAACCUGCAUCGGUUGCUGUGCAGUUGCUUCCUCUGUGUGUCCUCCCGCUUACAGUGCAAGGAGGUUAUGAGGAGAUCCCUUUCUGAAAACAAGAAGCUGUUUUGUGUUGGUUACAGACUAAGUUGCAUGUAUGGGAUAGCCACAUGUGAUUUAACCUGAGCUCUCCGUCCAAUGUCUGUAGGCAGUCAGAUGAUUUAAAGCAGAACGAUUCUUGUGAAGCAAUUCUCCUUUUUAUUCCUAUUUUUACUGGUUGAAGCAAAGUUGGAAUUUCUCCUACUUCCUCACAGACAGCCUCAAGUGCAGAGAUGCUGUUUGUGAUUGCGAAAACCAUAGUGUAAAGGCUUUCAGAACCAUCAGUUAAUGGCCUUAACCCAAGAAGGAGAGCAGCACGUUGGCCGUUCCAUGAUGGUGAGGUUUUGUUCAAGGCAGAAGGGCGAAGCUUCUGAACCUUGGCUAUAAAGUUCAUUGUAAAACAUGAGUAGUUUAGUCUUUCAGUGGGCUGACUUUUCUCUGUUAUCAGUAGCUGGCUUGCUUUGAGAUCUGUAGUCAAGUGUUCUUUUUGAGAAGGCUUUUGCAACAGUUGUUUUGUAAUGUAGGAGCUUGAAAUAUCAGUCUGCAUUUCAGAACCAGAUAUCUCCGUAUGAUGCUUUUUCUUAAUAUUUGGAGUUGAGAUAAAAUGUGAACUAGCAGUAAUUUUUUUCCCUCCUGUCUAGGAGAGAAAAAUACAUAAAAUUAGAUUCCCUCCCACCUGAAUUACUUUACAGUCUUCUCCUUGUUUAUUUAAUUUAAGAUGCUGACAUGGAAACUGAAGGCUUACGCUGCUAAAUCCUUUAGCUCAUGUCUGUCCAACCUGUGGCUUUCUUGGGCUGCAUUGAGUGAAGAGGAAUUGCCUUGGGCCUCGUAUAUAAUAUCCCGAAGUUGCUAAAAAUAACUUAUUUUUUAAUGUAUUUCUUAUUAAAACUAGAGCAGCAACACCACCGCAAAACUAGUGGGAUAUGUAACCUUGUAGCUGUAAAACCAAUGCCCAGUGCCUGAUUCGAUGGCAGUGGCUGCAGCUCUCAGUGAGCUCUCAAGGUGCUGUCAGAGAUUUUUUUGAUGAGAUUUUACUCUUCCUGUGCUUCAUCCAUGAAAGCAGUUGCUCACAAAUGGAUGUAGUGCCAAGAGGCGAUGGCGUGAGUAAGGUGUGACUCUGAAAUGGGGGGUAUUUUCCUCUGAUAAGAGAGGUUUGAUAAAAGCCUGAUAAAGAGACAUGGUCAGGUUUUUGAGUUGAAUUGCAACUCUACGCGUUCCUCUUAAAGACUGGCAGGUCAUGUUUUUACACUGACUGAAAACGGAGUCGCAAAUAUACCAAAAAUUGAUGUUUUUCUCAGCAAUUUUGAAAAGUAUUUUCAGCUUCCUGUAUCAGAACAGAAAACACGGCUGUGUGUUUUUCGCUGUUCACAGGACCGUGUUCAGCCAAUGCAUCAAAACGCAUGAAACCAUUUGCCAUAACUUGAGCUUGCCGUAAUUCAAAUUGGUUUGAGGAUAGCACAGAUGAGUUGAUUCUCACCUCAAGGACACGUGUUUCACUCAUUUAAAUGAGUGGUCAAAUCCACCCAAAAUGCUACAUCUGUCUUCACGUUCUGGCACAAAUUUUCCCUUGGAUUCCACAAAUGUCUUAUUUUAUAUUUUGUGAAACGAAAUCCUUUUUAACGUUUUACCCUGACUUAGCCACCUUCCUUCAGAAAAAUAAACGUAAUAAUAAACACCCAUAACCAGCAUCCGUACUUCUAAGGAACUCCGGGAACUGACCACGGUUCAGCCCCUUGGAUUGAUGGCAUUCUCAGCUUUGAUGAUGAUUUGCAUGACAUUAUCCAUUUUUGAAGCUUUUGCAGGUAAAUGUUCUAGAUGUACGAUGUGGUGACAUUUCACCAGACGUGAGUUGCCGUGGCGAUUGCAUCCUCUUCCAUUAAUUUUGUAAGCCCCGCUUUUUUACCAACCACUGUUGGGACACCAUCAGUAGCUCUACCAGAUCUGUUGACAAAGGUUAAAGAAAAUGGCUUUGGUGUAAUUUUUAUUGCUUCAUACAAAUCAAGAGGUUUAGUUGUGUAUUUUAAUGGCACCAAAGAACAAAUUUCUUCGAUGACAUAUUCAUUAUCAAUACCUCUAAUGAAAGUGGAGCCAUGUCUGUAGCGUCAGUAUUUUCACCUAUUACCAAAGCAUGCAAUUUGAAAUUAGCAGCUUUACCCUCCAUAUUUCUUUCAAUAGCUUUUCCUGUUUCUUCCAUCUGUUUGGUUGCAGUCUGCUGACUUUAGAAAAAAGCCAUGUUUUAUCAGGAUGAAUUCUUGCCAUGUCGCUUAUAGCCGCUGCCGUGAUGGAGCAGGGCUGUGGGCUGGGCAGGCUGCCUCAGCUGAUGCCCAACACAUCUCUUUGCAAAACGCCUUGAUUGUUUCCACUCUACUUUACACUAAUACCAUCUUUGUUUUUAAUCACUAUUCUGCUGGUUCCUACUCGUUUAACUUUAGAAGUUUGCCUUCUGUCUUUGUCUGCGGGGUCACUGAUACCUGGAGUACAGUUUCUUUCAUCUUUCAGGGUGAGGUAUUUGUUUGGUGCAGCUUGUACACUCAGCUAACUUUGUGGCUGGUGUGCUUAGAAUCAUCAUGUUCUUGUUAUGGUUACAGUUGAGAGGAAUCUAAAGAAUGAGAGAGACAGUGCCCGAGGUCACGGGUAGCUCGGUGCCAUGGGUUGCUAGGUGUGCUGUUUUUCUCACUCUGAGCUCUGCCCUCUUAUUUUUGUGCAAGUUUAAAUAUGAGAGGGGGAAGCUGAGGCAGGGAAUUAAAGGUGAAAGGAGUUGUUUUGAGCUACUGCUUUCAAUUCCUGAAAGUGAAUUGCCACAUGAGGUGUGGCUAGAGUUCCACCAGUCCAUACAGGAUUCGCACGAUGCUUUACUGGAAUUUGGGAAUAACAACCUCCAAGUACUGGUGGAUAUCACAAGGGAGGGAGUAUGGAAAAAUCCAGUUCUUAUGAAAAUUCUAUCCCAGCAACCAGUAGAAACAGAGGAAGCUAAUAAAUUGAUUACACGAGAAGGGCCUUCCUUUCUGCAGAUGCGAAUCAAACAUUUGAUGAAGUCGAACUGCAUCCCGCAAGCCACUUUCUUGUCAAAACUGUGUGCAGAUUCUCCAGAUAUUGCAAAUGUUUCAUCUUUUCGCCAAGCCUACAUCACGUGUGUGUGUUCUAUGCUACCUAAUGAAGAUUCCAUUAAGGAGAUUGCAAAGGUGGAUUGCAAAGAGGUACUUGACAUCAUAUGUAACCUGGAAUCUGAGGGACAAGAAAACACUGCGUUUAUUCUUUGUACAACGUACCUUACUCAUCAACUUCAAACAGCAAACGUGUAUUGCUCUUGGGAGUUGACACUUUUCUGGAGUAAAUUGCAGAGAAGAAUAGAUCCUUCUUUAGAUUCCUUCUUGGAGAGAUGUCGUCAAUUUGGCAUCAUUGCCAAGACACUACAGCAUUUAUUUUUCUUGAUAAGAGUCAUACAGUCUGAAGCAGAAGAAGCAGGACUUGCUGUAUCUGUUCUUUUGUGUGUGAGAGCCCUUCAGAUCAGAUCGAAUGGCAGCGAUGAAAUGAAGACAUCGGUGUGUAAAACAAUAGCAUGCCUUUUACCGGAAGACCUUGAAGUUCGAAGAGCUUGUCAGCUCACUGAAUUCUUACUGGAGCCAACUUUGAGUGGAUUUAAUAUGUUGGAGGAGCUCUAUAUGCAACCAGAUCAAAAAUUUGAUGAAGAAAAUGCACUGGUUCCAAACUCGCUCCGUUGUGAGCUGCUGUUAGCUUUAAAAGCAUAUUGGCCAUUUGAUCCUGAAUUUUGGGACUGGAAGACUUUAAAGCGACAUUGCCUUAAACUUUUAGGGAAAGCAGGUUCUGAUUCUGAGGACGAUGCAAGUUGUAAUAUGUCAAUCAACGAAACCGACAUGUUAGAAACUUUCUUCAGUGACUACGAUGAGGCGAAAGACCACAAAUAUUACGACGGAAAAGACCCAAUAAACUACCACAAAGAAAAAGCAAGAGUGAAAAAACCAAUUGGUUCUUCAGAACGAUACCAGAGAUGGCUUCAGUACAAAUUUUUUUGUGUGCUUUGCAAAAGGGAGUGUAUAGAGGCUAGAAUACUGCAUCAUUCUAAGAUGCAUAUGGAAGAUGGCGUUUACACGUGCCCAGUCUGUACAAAGAAGUUCAAGAGAAAGGAAUUUUUCGUACCACAUGUAAUGGAACACGUGAAGAUGCCACCUAGUAGAACACACAGACCUAAAAAGAAAAUAAUACUGAAAAAGGAGAGAUCACCACAGAAGACAACAGCUUCCAGCAGCCCCACUCCAACACUUCAGGAGAAGUCACAUCAGCCAGAGCUCUCCGAAACCUUUGGAAAUGACGCACACGAGUACGUCACAUUCAGCCAACUGGAGAAUUGCCAGCUGCAGGACAGAGACGUCUACCCGUGUCCUGGAACAGAUUGUUCUAGAGUAUUUAAACAGUUCAAAUAUUUGAGUGUGCAUCUGAAAGCUGAACAUCAAAACAACGAUGAGAACGCAAAACACUACUUGGAUAUGAAAAACAGGAGAGAAAAGUGCGCUUUCUGUCGCCGACACUUCAUGACAUCCUUUCAUCUGCGGGAGCACGAGCGCGUGCACUGUGGACCUCAACCGUAUAUGUGUGUGUCGAUGGACUGCUAUGCCAGAUUUGGGUCAGUUAAUGAGCUUCUUAAUCACAAACAAACUCACGAUGACCUUCGUUAUAAGUGCGAGCUAAACGGCUGUAACAUUGUUUUCAGUGACCUAGGGCAACUUUACCACCACGAGGCACAGCACUUCAGAGAUGCAUCAUAUACCUGCAACUUCUAUGGUUGCAAAAAGUUUUAUUAUUCAAAAACUGAAUUUCAGAAUCACGUUGCGGUGCAUAAUAUUGCGGUGUCCAAUGGGGAAGUGAAGCAAACAGUAAAACUUGAAGAGUCUCAAUUGCUUGAACAAUCUGAAAAUUCCCAUCAGAAUGACAACUUGGAUCCCACGGGAUCACAGGAAAUCCCCCAGAUUAAAGAAGAAGCUCUCUCUGAUAGUGAAGAUCUAGACAGCGAAAGUAAUUGCAGUCUUCAUUGUGGAAACCACAGCGGGACUGCUACAGUGAGCGAAGGCCAGGUCCCUCCUUUACUGAUGGAGACGCUGGCUCACGGUCAGACAGUUCCCAGCUUUCUCAUGUCACAGGAAGGAGUCUUCCAUUCAGCAGAUGUGAAACAACAGUGUUCCAAUGCAGCAGUUUGCUUUGAUGAAAAGAAAUUCUCCUGUGGUUUCGAAGGCUGCUGUUCUGCGCACAAGAACUCCAGAAGUAUGCACAAACACCUCCGCAGGGCUCAUCCGUAUAACUUCAAAGGUAAAAAAGGUAUGGAAGUGAAAACUAAAGACUUUCUUGAUCUGCUGAGUGACGCUCCAGAAAGUCAAUCCCCCACAGACAUUAGUACGGAGUUAGGUCAUAACUCAGACAGAAAUGCUGACUCUCCAGAAAGCUCGUACUGCAAUAUAAAUGCUAAAGGAAAGAACAGCUUCAAGGAAGAAACAUAUCCUUCUUCUCCAGAAACAUCUUUUUAUGACAGUUCUAAAGAAUCAAAUAUUGAAGAUAACAUGUUGGAACUCAUGUUAGGCUUAAAACAUCUAAGUUUAAAAAACUCAAACAUUCAGAGUUCGUCGAGAAGUAAGCGUAUUUUGGGCUCUUUACAGUCCUGUUCAUCUAGAGACACCAAGUGCCCCGAGUCAGGAGUCGAUGCAACUACCUCAAAGUUUCAGUUCCAAGAGCAGCAAGAUAACUUGCCCAGCCAGUACCUUACUCAGCUGGCAGCUAAACCGUUCUUCUGCGAAUGUCAGGGAUGUACGUGUGAAUUUGUGACGAGAGAAGCUCUCUUAAUGCAUUAUGUUAAAAAGCAUAACUAUUCCAAGGAGAUGGUUCUUCAACUAAAUAUGUUCCAGCAUCGGUACUCGCCUUUUAAGUGUCAUAUUUGCCAAAGAUCAUUUACAAGAAAAACACACCUUAGGAUUCACUAUAGGAACAAGCAUCAGAUUGGCUGCGAGCGGGUGGCUCACAAUGUGUGUUCUAAUGAAAAAUUUGAUCACGUUGGCUUAUGUACAGAUGACGUGCAUAAAAACAGUGCUGUUCCAACACCUGUCUGUCCAACCAAGGUUGAGUUCAUUGACCGUUCCGAACAGCGGUGUCAUCCUAAAAAGGAGGAAUGUAGUUCUGAGACAGAUUUGGAGUCCAGUGAAGAGACAGACAGUAACAUAACAAGAAAAUCAUCUAAAAUAGCAGCUCUGGACAGCCAUAGGGAAGAACUGGAAGCUAGAGAAGGGAGAGGAAGCAAAAGAACAGUCGCUAAAGGAAACUUAUGUUAUAUACUGCAUAAGUACCACAAACCAUUUCAUUGCAUACAUAAAAGUUGCAACUCCGCGUUUACCAACCAGAAAGGUUUGAUUCGCCAUUAUAGGACUGUCCACCAGUAUAACAAGGAACAGCUUUGCUUAGAAAAGGACAAAGCAAGAACAAAAAGGGAACUUGUCAAAUGUAAAAAAAUAUUUGCAUGCAAACAUAAAGAGUGCGGUAAGCGUUUUUUCUGUUCUAAAGAUCUCGCUAAGCAUUGUAGUGACUUCCACAAUGAACACUUGGACGACCAAAAGCUGCUUGCUGGGACUGAAUCUGCAAGGUUUGCUUGCAAUCAAGCCCAGUGCCCUGCUGUGUUUUGUACCUUCACUAAGCUGAAGCAGCACCUCAUAGAAGAACAUGCCAGCGGAGAGAAAAUCAACAAAGAUUUUGAAAUUCAUUGCGACCUUAACGGCUGUAAUCGGAUUUUCACAAACUACAGUCACUAUUCUCAGCACGUGUAUUUCCGGCAUAGUGAAUAUUAUGACGAUCUCUUUGGGAAUCAGAAAGAGGAGCAGGAUAAUAAUGACAAAAAUAAAAGCGGACCGGGCUGCGUGAAAGGCGGUUUUGGCCUAAGCAAGCAGAACGGAAAGCAGCUCAAAGACAAACCGAAAAGAACUAGCAGAAGUAAAGAAAAGCAUUUGAUUACUUUCAAAACAAAAGAGGAAGCCCUGCAGAUGUGUCAGGAGAAGUCUAACCAGACCCAGUACCCGUGCAUGGUCGUGGGAUGUCUGUCUGUUGUAAAGUUGGAAAGCAGUAUAUUGAGGCACUAUAAACGCACACAUCAGAUGACCAACAUGUACAUAGAGCAGAGGAUUCAGAAACUUGUUCUUUGCGUUAAAUGCGGCACAAUGACUGAAAAGCAGUCCUCCUCUGAACCCGCUUCAGACUUGGAUAAAAAAGAGGUAGAAGUGAAGGAGGAGAAAUCAGCUGAGCCUGAAUGUGCGCAGGAAACGGAGAAGCCUCUCGUUUCAAACGCGGACUGUGAGCAUCAGGAUGUCGGCAAUGAGGAGCAAAAGAGAUCUCCGUCGAGUAGCGCGAGCUUCGACACGAGUGCCUUUAUGUAUUCGGGCACUUUAAAGUACAGCCACGGUUCCAAAAGCAGCUGUUCGGAAGAGCAUAACGUCAGGGAGUCAGUCAUGGGUAACACUGAAGAAUUUUCUGAAAAUAGUGAAAGAGAAAAUAGCUCUUAUUUCUCCAGUUUACAAUUAGAACUGCCAAGGGAGAAAGACACGGAAGGAUGCGAACAUAGCACGGUUAAUCAAAAUGCAAAAAGGAACGCUCUUUUUGCUACAAAAGACAAAUUUCAGAAGCCUCCAGUCUCCAGACCAUUUGAUUUAAAGACAUAUAAACCAAUGGGGUUUGAGUCUUCAUUUUUAAAAUUCAUUCAGGAAAGUGAGGGAAAAGAUGACGAUGACGACGAUGAUUUCGAUGAGGUGGUGGAAUGGGAGUCCCCCAAGCAGCUGCCGGUAGACGGAGCAUUGCAGAAAGAGGGAGAGGAUCAGAAAGAAUCCCCACUGAAUAGCUGUGCAAGUGACAAAAGUGUCGUCGUACCCCAGAGCGAUCCCGGGCAGCUCGCAGAAAUGCAGCCCUUGUUGGCAGAGCCCUCGUCUGCCCCUUCGUUAGAAAAUCUGAGGGCCAUCUUGGACAAGGCGCUGACGGGCUGCGGAGACCUUGCCUUAAAGCAGCUCCAUUACUUAAGGCCUGUAGUCGUUCUUGAAAGAUCCAAAUUUUCCACAGCCCUUAUAGAUUUAUUUCCGGCAAAAAAGGCAGACGAGCUCUGCGUAGGAAGCAUGUGAGCAGUUCUGCUUGGAGCAGCUUGCCUACACUGCUGCUAAUGGGGAGAAUUCACGUCAGAGCAGUAGCUGUCACAGUUCACACUGUUUAGGUUAGUUUAGACUGUUUAAUUACAUGAAUGUAUAAUAUCUGUCAAAAGCAUUGGCCAAGUUAAUUUAGCUCCCUCCCCCUCCCCUUUUUUUUUUUUUUUUUUUUUCAAUGGACUGCUGAUUUUGGUGCUAUUUAACACAUCAGAGUACUGGAGGCUUCCUCCUGCAGCAUACAUGUGCAUGACUGUGUAUGGAACAGUGCUGGGGUACCAGGGUUUGGGGCAACGGAGUUGACUUGAAUGUGCACCCGAGGGUGCUUUGUGUAACAUAUUGUACACUACAGCAUCUUAUAUUUUUUGAGUUAUGAGUUUCAAUAAAUUACAAUUUUUCACCCA